CACUGAGGAAGAAGACAAAGAAGUGAGAAGGAAAACCCCAGAAAUUCUGAAACAGAACACUAGAACAAUCGGCUACUCAAAAUCCCAGAACAGUCACCUAGCCUGUAGCUCAGCCUCUCUCCCCUUCGAUCUGCGGCCCUUGCUUCUGGAGUUAUGAUUCUCGAAUCCAGUCGCUUGCCUAGUUAGAGUUGCCUUCUCCCUUUGCAAGUCACCCACUCUCACUGGUAUCAGUGAGUGAAGAAGGAAGAAAUCGGUUGCAAGACUGGACUUAAGCAAUCUGGGAACGCAGAGUUCCUCAAUUACUGCAUCGCUCUUUGUUCUUUUGGAAAGGGGACUGUUUGAAGAUCACAUUAGCUUCUCUUUGAGACAUAUCGUCAAACUCCCGUCUCCCGGUGUUCUGUAAAGACGAUUGAUAACUAGUCAAGAUGGAUGUUGAUGCUGAGCCUACAAUGGAUGAAACUAUUUUGAUUGAUGAAGAUCUAAUGGUGGGCCCACCAUCACCAAUCAUUCCACCAGAGAUAGCGUCUCAUGUUCUUGAAGGCAUUGAUACUUGUGAUGGGCUUUUAAGGAAUCUUUUCCUAUGCUUACAAGUCAAUGAUAUUGAACCAUUCUGUCAAGAUGAGAUUAUCAUGUAUCAACAAUGUGCAGAAAAAAGGGACAAGGAGCUAAGACAACGACUUCAAGAUAGUGAGCGUAAAUUAGGGCUGUCAAUGCCUCUAGAGAAAGCAAGAGAGCGAGCAAUCCAUCUAGAAUCUGAAGCUACAUCUCUGGAGAGACGCUUUAUAUUGGCAAGUGGAGUUGAGGGCAUGGAAGGAUUUCGACAAAGGUGGAGUCUCCACGGUCGCAUGACUGAUACCAAGAAAAGGCUAGAGUCUCUAAAGCAGGGUAUAGAGAGUAGGAGAAAGGAUGACAAGCCAACUGGAAAUACCUUCACCAGCAAGAAGUGGUUCUUCUGGUGAUUUGCGAUGCACAUAUAUAAAGAUAUUGGGCCAUGCUAUGGUAUCUGUGAACCGAUAGAUAUCUGAGACCAAUUUUUAUAGAUACACAAACAGUAAGAAUCAGGUCCGACACACCAUGUGAUACUCAUGCUUAGCCCAAAGCAUGUAUUUAGGCUAUCUUUCCCCCCAAUUUCCAAUCACCGCAUAUUCAGGUGCAAGGCAAGAUAUGUUACUGCUUCAAAUUGUUCAUCAUUUAUUUGACGAUUUGCAUUUAUAUUAAGCGAUAUGGAUGUGAAUGCAAACAAUUGAUUCUGAUGUUAUAAAAAUGAAUUUGGAGAUGUUAUCAUGAUGGCGAGCUUUCGAUAUUAUUGUUUCAUUCAUGAAUUUUGGUACU